CCAUAACACGUCUAUAUACUCACGAUUUCCUCUACCGUACGGUGAAGCCAUUACACGAGAGCGAGAUGCUAUCAGUUCCCAAACCGGACUGGUAUUUUGGAUUUCACAUACACAAUGACAUCCGCUCCCCCGGAAGACGGACAAAGGACAAGACUGAGGCAUUGCAUUCGUGUCCCCUGAUGUCGCUGAAUAAGUAUUGCGCGGACAUUCAAAAGACUCCACGGCUGGCGAAAGUCCAGCGACGAAAACCAGGCAGUGAAGACGAGGUUCAUAGUAUAGUCACGGGAUUCGAAGACAGCGAUUCCAAUGAACUUGACGAGUACGAGUAUACCACGACAGAAGACGAGGACUACGAGCCAGGGAGCGAAGAAGAAGAUGACAGUAAUGAUGGCAGUGACGGCAGCCUGGAGGACGACGAAGAUCUUGAUUCUGAGACUUACGAAGAACUCGCACCCAGCCGUGGAUACAAGUACAAAAAGUCGGAUGUGGAUGUUGCCGAAGGUGGAGACACAGAUGGAACUGAUGCAUCUGACAUUGAAACAGGGACCUCCCGCAGAAAUUUUGAAGAUUAUAAGCUGACCUGUUACCCAUGGGCGGUGGUUGAAGUAAAAAAGCCUGGCGCAUCCCCACAGGACACCGAGGAAUGUUAUAACCAAGUGGCAAACGGUAGCUCCGCCUGCGUCGCAUUGCUUCGGGGACUAUCAGAUAGCCCAGCGCAUGAUUACCAUCAUCCAGUGGUUGCCAUGACAUUCGUUGGACGAGAUGCCAGAGUGUUUCUGACCUAUGCGGAGCCACUCAAUGACGACGACGACGACGAUGACGGUGAGCCAAUCAUUCUAUAUCGAAUGAGAUGCAUCUGGAAAGGGCGAUUAGAUGUGCUCUGGAAUGCGCUGCAACUCCGACGCAUGCUAGACACCAUUCAGUAUUGGGCUUUGCAUAAGUACGGAACAGACAUUGAGUGACAUCAGGAGACGACUGCGAAAGCAUCAACGUACGUCCAACCCCUCGACUCCAAGCAGUUUCCGGCAGGCCGUAGGGCAGGGACAUUCCAGGACAAGCCCGUCACCAUUGGCAAACAAACGAGGCAAUCGGUCAGCGCGACCUGCAUCGGAGAAUAUAAAGGGCCCAAGCAGGUUGGAGAGGCUUCUGGAGGAGUUAAACGUGAAUAGCAUUACGUUAGGAUUCAAAAGCUCGCCGCGCAGGUCAAACAGGAAAUGACAGCAAGUGGAUUACCGGGGGAAAGCAGCAAGGGGUUAUAUACCACUAUCUCUGCUGUUGCAAGACGAGGCCGUUGUAAACUCUCUCUAGGUUGGGAAAGAACAGUG